AUGGCAAGUGAACUGAAGGAGUUGAAGUCGCAACAACGGCAGGUUCGGAGUACCUUUGAAGGGAUACGGCAGUUCAUCCUCAAAUUCAAGCCGGAGAAGCAUGAAGCGCAGGUCGAAACAAGGAUGGAAAUCUUGGAGGAAGCGAUGCAGAAGUUUUACGAAGCUGAUGAACGGGAAUUGAUGGAGUCUAAAGCUGACCCGGCGGACUUGCAUGAUCAGUUAGAAGCACUCAUCGAAAAGCGGCAGUUAGAACACAGUGCGAUUAUCCAGCAGGCUGAGGAUACCUACUGCGAGUUGAAGUCGUCCCUGCAACGUCUGCGAGCAAACCUAGUUUCCGGAUCAUCUUCUGGCCCAUCCGUAGCGUCAAUCCAAGGCCCAACAGCUCUAUCUACGGUGAAGUUGCCUGAGAUUCGUCUACCCAGUUUUGGCGGUAAAAUCCGAGAUUGGGUCACGUUUCGGGACAUGUUCAGGAGCCUGAUCCACCGAAAUCAGCAGCUCACUGACAUCGAUAAAUUCACUUAUCUCAGGUCGUCACUAGAAGGUGAAGCGCUUCGGGAGAUCGGGAUGAUCGAGAUCACCGCUGCAAAUUACAUCAUCGCCUGGGAACAGUUGCAAAAGCGGUAUGAGAAUAAAAAACUCAUCGUCAAGGCUCAUAUCGAUGCCCUAUUUGCAGUGGAACCAUUGAAGCGGGAGAACUACGACUCUCUUUGCCAGUUGAUCAGCGAGUACGACCGCAAUCUUCAGAUGUUGGACAAAAUUGGCGAGGACACGUCGAAGUGGAGCACGAUUCUUGUUCACAUGGUGUGUUCUAGACUGGACGCAGCCACUCUACGAAACUGGGAAACCCAUCACGCCUCCACGCAGGUUGCAACGUACGAUCAACUGAUGGAGUUUCUACGCAAGCACUGUGCCAUUCUCCAAUCGAUAGCUCCAGCAAAGUCAGCCCAAAUGGAAGUAAGGAAACCUAAGUUCACCGUAAGCCAUGCUCAAACUUCUGCGCCAGCUUCUAGCCGGUGCCCAUUCUGCUCCGAAGAAAUGCAUUCAGCGUUCAAAUGCCAGAAGUUCAUCAAAAUGAAGAUUCCCGAGCGCUAUGAGAAAGUGAAACGGUGCGGCCUGUGUCUGAAUUGCCUGUCUCCAUCGCACCUGGUUCGAGCGUGUACCGCUGGCGUGUGUAGACAUUGCCAGAAGAAGCAUCAUUCGCUCCUCCAUUCCGGAGGCUUCAACGGUGGAAGGCCUGCUGCAUCAACGCCGCAGAAUGACUCCUCCGGCCCACAAGCUCAGAAUCGAUCACAGGUGACAAACACACAGCAAACACAGCCACAAGCCCAGAACCAACCAACUCACACUCAGGCAGCUGGUCCUAGUACUAGCUCGCUCCCCAUUGCAAACACAAGUUCGCUUACGCAAACACCACCACCAACCACCACAGAUCCCACACUUCCAAGCAAUUCCCUACCCGCCACUAUACACACCUCUACACGUCAAGUCUUGCUGUCGACAGCGCUCGUUCGUGUGUCGGACAGAUAUGGAAAUACCCAGUUAGCCAGAGUUCUUCUGGAUUCUUGCUCGGAGUACUGCUUCGUUACCACGAAGCUCUCUCAAAAGCUGAGACUAGCUGAAACGUUUAGCUAUCUAUCAGUAGCUGGGAUUGGAGGUUCAGUAGUGCAAUCUACGAAGAAGGUCGAGGCUACGAUAUCUCCACGAUCCUCCAGCAUCUCCUCGUAUUCCGAAACCAUCCAGCUUCACGUGCUUCCAAAACUCACUUCGGAAUUGCCGAUCAAUCCAGUAAAUGUCCACGAAUUGGCCAUUCCGAGUGGAAUGAUUUUGGCGGAUCCGAACUUCCACAAGCCCGGUCCGAUCGACAUCAUAUUGGGCGCGGAGUACUAUUACGAUUUGCUCCUCGAGGACAAGCUGAAACUAUCCGACGAUGGACCGACGCUGCAAGGUACCGUGUUCGGAUGGGUUGUCUCAGGACGUGUUCCUGGGAAUGUCGUCGAAGUUCCUACAACAGUCACUCAUUCCUGUUCCACACUCGAGCUGCGAGAACUCAUGGCCAAGUUUUGGGAACUGGAGUCCUGCAAUAGUUCGAGUACGUUGUCGGUUGAAGAAGCUGUAUGUGAAGACAUAUUUGAGAAGACGACUGUUCGAGACAGUGAAGGAAGUUUUGUCGUCACUCUUCCCAAGAAGGAGCACGUUAUCAACCAGUUGGGAGACUCUAGGACCACCGCACUAAAAAGACUUCACGGAAUGGAGCGACGAUUUGCAACGAACGAUCAGUUGAAGGCACUCUACAUCGACUUCGUUCAGGAAUACCUGUCCAUGAAUCACAUGCGUGAGGUCGAUGGUGGAGAAGACAAAUUGGCGUAUUAUCUUCCGCAUCACGCCGUACUCAAACCUGAAAGCACGACCACCAAAUUGAGAGUUGUUUUCGACGGUUCCUGUCGCUCCUCAUCCGGCGUAUCUUUGAACGAUGGACUAAUGGUAGGACCUGUCGUGCAGGAUGACUUGUUCUCCAUCAUUUUGCGCUUUCGAUCAUGGCAAUUCGUACUGGUAGCGGACAUUGCCAAGAUGUACCGCAUGGUCAAGGUUGCGGAAGACGAUCAGCCACUUCAACGGAUUUUGUGGAGGGAUUCGCCUGAUCAGCCUGUCAGGACUUACGAAUUGACCACAGUCACCUACGGAACCGCAUCAGCGCCCUAUCUGGCAACCAAAUGUCUCCAACGACUAGGCACAGAAGGAGAGGCUUCGCACCCAGUAGCUGCGAAGGUUGUUCGUAAGGAUUUCUAUGUGGACGAUUUGUUAACCGGCACGGACAGUAUAGAAGAGGGAAAAACUCUCGCAUCGGAGCUGAUUACCCUGACGAAUUCAGCAGGCUUCAACCUGCGCAAGUGGAGCUCGAACAAUCCCGAACUACUGUCGACGAUUCCAUCAGAGCUUCGAGACGAUCGAACAACCCUAGAACUCGAUUCGUCUACAUCCGUUGUCAAAACCCUUGGACUCAUCUGGGAACCUUCAAGGGACAGCUUCAAGUUUGCCGUUCCACGCUGGAGCGCAGAACCAGUAAUCACCAAGCGUGUCGUUCUCUCCGAUACCGCUCGUAUCUUCGACCCCCUCGGACUCAUCGGUCCGGUCACAGUUCAAGCUAAGAUUUUCCUUCAGCAACUCUGGAAGGAGAAGUCGGAUUGGGACGACCCGUUGCCAGAUUCCUGCCAAGCCUUUUGGAACGAGUUUCGUUGGAACGCCAGUGCACUGGAAUCUCUUGCUGUGCCGAGGUGGAUAGGCUUCAAUAGCAAGUUAGCAUCCGUAGAACUACACGGCUUCUGCGACGCAUCAGAGGCAGCAUAUGGUGCUUGCCUGUAUUUACGGUGUGAAACCACCGACGGAUCGGUCACCGUUCGACUGAUAACUUCGAAGUCUCGUGUGGCACCAUUGGAAGACCUCUCUCGCAAGAAGAAAAAGCAGUCGAUUCCGCGGCUGGAACUAUCAUCAGCGUUACUUCUUAGCCACCUCUACGAAAAGUUCUGCACGAGUGUCCAGAUUCCCGCCAAGGCUUACUUCUGGACAGAUUCCAUGAUAGUCAAGUGCUGGUUAUCCUCGCUGCCGUCGCGUUGGCAAAUCUUUGUUGCCAACCGGGUUUCAGAAAUCCAGCAUAUCACCAAGUCUGGAAUAUGGAAUCAUGUCGCCGGCGCUGAAAACCCGGCAGAUAUAGUCUCCCGAGGAAUGACACCAGCCCAGCUAGCGUAUCAGACUCUAUGGUUUGAAGGUCCUUUAUGGUUGCGCCAAGAUCAGUCUACUUGGCCAAAGUCAGCAACUGUUCAAUCGGAGUUGGACAGCGCGCUCUUGGAGGAAAGGCCUUCAACAUCAGUUCCCGUUCAAAUCAAACCGCCCAAUCCCAUCUUUUCGCUACGAUCGUCGUUUCCGGCGCUCGUUCGCAUCGUUGCCUGGGUCCGUCGAUUCCGGCACAACGCAGUCUCGAGUAAUCGAUCCUGCAAACGAAGCGGAAAUCUAUCUACGAUAGAGCUCAACGAAUCGGAGUUGCAGCUGGUGCGGUUAGCACAGUCGGAAACCUUUCCGGCAGAAAUAUCAGCAUUAUCCAAGAACCAACAAAUCAGUCCAUCAUCGAAACUCCUCGCAGCAAAUCCCAGCCUGAUGGAGGGCGUACUUCGUGUCGGCGGCCGGUUGCAGCAUGCUCCCAUACCGGAAGGCCGAAAACAUCCGUUGAUUCUCCAUCACCAACAUCCACUGACGAAAUUGAUAAUGGAACAUUACCACCGUAAACUUUUCCACGCCGGACAGCAACUUUUGAUUAGCUCCGUCAGGGAGAAGUUCUGGCCACUACGAGCCCGAGAUGUCGCACGUUGGACUAUCCACCGGUGCGUGUCGUGCUUCCGGAACAAACCAAAGGUCCAUGAACAGCUGAUGGCCGAUCUACCCUCCGUCCGGGUCACACCCGGAGCAGUCUUUCUGAAGGUCGGAAUCGAUCUGUGCGGACCUUUCUACAUUCGAUACCCUGGUCGGAAAGCCACACCGAUAAAAUCCUUUGUGUGCAUUUUCGUUUGUCUGGCCACCAAGGCCGUACACUUGGAGAUUGUAGCAGACCUGUCAACCCAAGCCUUUCUGGCGUCGUUCAAACGGUUUGUUGCCAUCCGCGGCAAGCCACGGUUGGUCAUGUGUGACAACGCAACCAACUUCGUUGGAGCGAACAAGGAGCUCGAAGCAAUCCGUCGGCUGCUGAACAAUCAACAAGUCCAACAUGCGAUGGUGAAUGCGGCACUGGAAGAUGAAAUUGAGUUCAGGUUCAUCCCGCCGCGCACCCCCAAUUUCGGCGGACUUUGGGAGGCGGCCGUGAAAUCCUUCAAAGGUCACUUUCGGAAGACGAUCGGAGAUCGAGUGUUGACCUACGACGAGUUCCACACCGUGGUUCAUCAGGUUGCAGCGAUUCUCAACUCUAGGCCGUUGACUCCGCUGAGCAAUGAUCCGACCGAUUUCACUGCGCUCACUCCAGGCCAUUUCCUGGUAGGUCGGCCGCUCACGGCGGUUCCAGAGCCGGACCUGCAAGAGGUUCCAGAAAACCGGCUCUCUCAAUGGCAACGCACUCAAGACUUUGUUCAGCAACUAUGGAGAAAAUGGAAAACGCAGUAUCUCUCCGAUCUGCACAACAGAACGAGAUGGUCUCGUAAACGGGACAACAUUCAUGUUGGAACCAUGGUUCUCGUCAAGGAGGACAACCUGCCACCCCAAAAGUGGCGGCUAGGGAGAGUCACCGAGAUUUUUCCGAGCCAGGACGGAAACGUCCGCGUGGUGAGCGUCCGCACCCAGGAUGCUGCACCCGCGUCCCGGCCAACGGGACGGGCCGGUCAUCAUCUAGAAGUCGUCAAGUUCAUCCGUUUGCCAAACCGUCAUUCGUCCGUUUCGCAUGAAGCUUGUCCUGUGUCGUCACACAUGUUCUGUCCAAGGUUUUGGUGCACGGUCUGCUUUCCCAAUUCACAAGGUCUUCCUCAUCACCUAAUCAAGGUCGUCAUCGAAUGUCAUCCCGAGAGCGAAGGGCCCUUCGCUCGUUCCGUUGGUCCUACCCGAUCGGUCAUCAAGCGAAUUGAUCACUCGCACUGA